CAAAUGCUGAUCGAAAAAAAACGUGAGGCAGCAGCAGCAGCAGCAAAAAAUGCCGUCAAAACUUGGAACAGUAAUAUAUCAAAAGAUAAAAUCGAAUGAUGGACUGCCACAACGUAUCUGUCCGAAAUGUACCGCGCAAUUCUACAUUAUCCACAAGUUUCGCCGUAAAUGCCUCAAGGUGCAAAUCAGAUUGCGCUCCCUGCUGGACAAGACGCGCGGUUGGGAAUAUGAAGAACUGUUGGCGCGCGCAACGGCUGAGCAAACGGAGGAGCAGCAACAGCAGGAAGCGCAGCAAAAGCCAAAGUCGUCGAAAUCGAAGCCAAAUAAUUGCCCAAAAUGGCAAAAGAAUGAAGAGACUCAAACAGAUGAGACCAAUAGCAGCAGCAACAGCAGCAGUAGCAGGGUCGAGGAGACCACAGCUGAGGCGGCGGCGGCGGCGGCGGCGGCGACGACGACGACAACGAAGACGAAUACCACGUUGAGCGUGAAUCUGCCACCGGUGUUGGACAUUGGCAACGAUUUAAUUAACGAUAACUACAGCAAAUCGGCGGCGCGCGAGAGGUUGGAAUCCGCCGCUGUCGCCGCCAAUGCUGGCAAUGCCGCUGAAGUUACCAAUAGUCGGCGCAGCAGGACGUCCAAGAUGUCUGUUACAACGCCGACGACGACAACGACGACGACGACGGAGGCAAUAGCCGCCACAGUUACAACUACGCCCUGCCGUACGAGGACACAAACGCAAUCACAAGCGCGAAACCCAUUACUGGCCGAUGAACCAACAAAACCCAAAUCGAGAGUGCCAAGCAACGAUUUGUUGUGCAAGCCGCAUGUUGAAACGACUUUGGGACGAGAUGUAAAUAGGCGGCGCAGCGGUGGCAGCAUCGAUCAAGAGUCGCUUUUGGCAACGCACAUCAUUUUCAAGCCAGCAACGCCAAGCAAGCCAAAAAAAACAGCAGCAACAACAACAACCGUGAUGCGCACAAGAUCGGCGCGAAUGAAGAAGCUGGCAAGCCAAGCGAAUGAGCAGGAAUUAUCCUUGGCGGCAACAGCAACAGUAACAAAGGUGGCGCAAGACGGGCUGGUGGAGGAGACGCGUGUAGAUGAUUGUCUUGCCGUUGCUGUUAAUGACGGUGAUGAUGAUGACGACGAUGAGGUGAAAAAUGAGGCGUUGGCACGGGCAGGCAACGACGCAGACGGUGGCGAAAAAGAGAAGGCAGCAGCACAAACAGAAGAUGUGCAAGUGGCAGCCGACGCCGUUAAGUCUGUGGAGUCUGCAGCCAAGACGGCGUCGUUCCCAAUAAACAUUGAGCCAAAGUCGAGAUCCCAAAGCAGUGAGCGACGCGGCAAACGCGCACGACGCGAACGCGGAGGAGGCGGGGACGUUGCGGUACAUAAAUGCGCAUGUGAACGACGAGAAGGUGAAGUAGAACGAGAAACAGAAGCGGAAAUCGCGUCAGCAGCAGUAUUUAUGGAUAAGCGACACGCCUACUCCAACGAAACGGACAUGUUGGCGGCAAAGGAGCAUGCGGUGUUGGCGGCGGCGGCAACUUCGUGUGAUGCUGCGGACACUUUAAUAGCGCGCUCUGGCCGAGAUGAUUGCGGCGGCAAUGUUCUUAAAGCUAUCGCUGAUGAGGCUACAAAUGAAACGUUGAUGUCGUCGUCUUCGUGCCAACAACACAACAAGGCAGAGGGCGACGGCGGCGACGGCGAUGGCGAUGGCGAUGGCGAUUUGUUACGACGGCCAGCUGUUGUUGUUAGUACCGCUGCUAAGGCAAAACCAAUGGACGUUGUCGAUGACGUACAGCAGAAACUGAUUAGCGGCCAAGAGGUGACGGCGGCGGCAGCCGAAAUAACAACCACAGCUACGAGGGCAACGGAGGCGGCCAGAGCGAUAAAUGAAGCACCGACGAAUGAUGUACAAAGCAGUAAACAAACAGUGGAAGCGUCUGAGAUUAGUAAUUUGCCAAUUUUGCCGGCAACAACGAGAACGACGACGUGCAACAACGAGACUGUGAAAGAUGGUGUUGCGACUGCCUCGCAGAUAAUUGCCAGUGAGACGGAGGCAACAAGCAAUGUGGCGGCGGCGGCGGCGGCGGCAAUCGAGCUUAAUAAUAGGGGAGUUGCUGGCAACACUUUAAAGUCAAGUUUGAAUUGGAGUUCGAGUUUGAGAAAUGUAAACGGCGUUGACGGCGAUGGAGCAGAGAAUCGUUUGCCAACGGACGAACGUUUGGUCGUUGAAAAUGUGCCUGUUGUUACUUCUGAUGUUGAUUGUGAUGAUGAAGGCGUUGAAACGCUAAUGGCAACAGUUGAACUGCGGCCGCAAACAAAAACAACAUCACCAACAACAACAACAGCCACAGCAACAGCAAGAACGCAAAGCCCAACGAACAAUGAAACUAUGAACUCUGCUGUAACUGAAAUGAUCUCAGAGGAAGACACCGCGCUGCUCGAUAGCACAAACUCCCUCACCACCACCUACCAUGCUGCCUCCUCCUCUUUCGUAACGAAAGCCGCGCUCAAAGCGUACAGCACCUCACCCAAAUGCCGUUCACUGGCACGUCGUCACAUGCAGCAGAAAAUGCGACGCACACUGAAAGGACCCAUUGCCCAACUGCUCGCCGCUUCGCCGGCCUCCACAUCGGCAGCAGCUGCUGCUUUCACAGCGUUGCAUUACAAGAAAAAGCAAAUGCGACGCAGCCUUGCACAAUUGGCGGCAAGCGAGCGUGAAAGCGAAACAGCAGCAACGGUCAUUGCGACUGGCAGUGACACCAGCGCGCCCGCGGCAGCAACGAUGGCGAUGACGUUGGGAACGGAGGGCACUAACUCACCACCACCACCGCCACAGCCGACAUUCUCAUACUAUGCAACCGCACGCCGUGGUCGACGACGACUCAAGUGGCGUGCACGUUCACGCCUGCCAUGUUUCGUCGAUAAGCAUACGCACGUUGAUGACAACAAAGCGACAAACGAAUGCGAUGUAGUAGAUGAUAGUAUAACCACCGAGUCGAUGGCGCAUCAACAGUUACCCUCAUGUGUUGUGCGUUUGCGACGUUUAGAUAAUAGUGAAGUGAGCGAUGAGGUCACCAAGAGUCUAGCAGUUACGGCGACAACAGAUGAAGACGACUACGCAUACCUAACGGACGUGCAUAUGUCCACUGGUGUUACAGAUAGUGAAAUCGAAUUCGAAGCAGUACAGAGCUGUGAUGCACUUUCGGAAGCGUGUAGCACACGCAUAACGCUCAAACGUAAGUUGCCAACGGAAGUGAUUGAAAGUUCAGCCUCGUCGACGCGCUCACCUUGGCGCACGAAAGCCGAAAUGAAGGAAGGUCUCGAGCAGCAGCAAGCCGCGUUGGAAGCGGCCGAACAGCUAGAUGAGCAGCUCGUGCUAUAUGCGCCGGAUGCUGAAGCGCAAAAUUCCACAACAGUUAUGCGCACUGAAAUCCAACAAAAGACUGAGAUGAGCCAUGCUGAGGCUUACACCACAGAUGUAGAUAGCGCGACGACGGCGAGUACUAUGUGCACAGAGCGCCGCAGCAAGCGCAUCAAGAAGCGUCGCAAGUUGCUGGAGGAGACAAGUAAACGUAGUGCGUCCAGCGACGGCAAAGUGAUGCCCAUUAUACUGAAGCUGGUGCAGGAGAAACGGCCAGCGUCCUGUGCCGCAUGCGCGCCGAAAACUGCUGCGUCUAAUGAUGCGCAGAGCACGCGUGGCGCCACAAUGGGCGCUUCGUCGUCGGCAACAACAACAGGCAUAGCAGCAGCACGCUACCAUGUAGUGGGCGGUGUGACAAAGCAGCAACAGCAGCAGGGUGAGGAAGCUGCAGCUGACCUAUCCCAGAAGCGACGUCGCGUACGUAAACGACGUUCAUGCUGUAACGACUGCUGCAUGACCGACGACACGACGGAAGACGAUUAUAUGCCAAGUCUUAUGCGCAAGCCGGAACCACCCAGCCUACCAGCGCAACUUGUCAGCCAAAACAAGGGCAAGAUGAUUAGAAAUAAUGUAAACACUUUGAAUGUCAAAGACUACGCGAAGGCGCCCAAAGAAAAUUGUGAUCGUAAUAAGGAAGAACGCGCACCAGCAGCGACAUCUAAAUUCACGAACUCAACCAUGUCCUUACCCACACAGCUUGUACCUCUGUUGCCACUCCUGCCAGCGCUUUUGCCAACUACUGCUGCAAGCCAUAAAGAUGAGGCGUCCACGCCGUCGCCAAGCAAAGUGUCGCCAACGGCACCUAUGUCUCUUAAGACUUUUUCCACGCUCGUGUCCGGUACAUCGAAGAUCUCAAUACCAAAUAAGUCACCAACCAAGUCUACUGAAAUGCUCUCGCCAACUAAGGCUUCUACACAGACGCCACCCAUCGCCUUGAAAUCGUUGGCUCCAUCGAUGACGCCAUCAACAUCGUCUACUUCCGCAGCUAAACCAGUGUCGGUGCUGUUACGUAACCAAUUAAUUGUGCGCGUGCCACUCUCUGCACUAUCCGCAGCCUUGCAAAGAAGAUUCCUAACAACAGCCAACGCGCAAAAGACAACAUCACCAGGCAAAGCGUCAAGUGAUGAGACCGCGAACAACGUGUCAGCGCUGACAGCGAAAACGGCAACAAGUCCCCAAGCGACAGUGCGAACACAAGACGUGGAAAGUGUAGAUGGUAAGCCACCGAUGCAUGGCAAGCAUAUUAAUGCGCAAUACAACAACAACAACGAUAGCAACAGCAGCAAUAACAACACCAGCGUCACAAGUGAUAUGUGUCUUGAGGCGCCCUCAAGCAAUUCUGAUGCAAAAUCAACUAUGGUUGCAUCUCAACUGCAGCACGCUGGCGACAAGCAGUCGCUUCAGCCAACUGGCGACAAUCAAACAUUAAAAUGCAGCACGCAAUUCGUCACAGAGGUGGAUGCUGCGAAUACGCAAUUAAUGCGCUACGGCGGCUGUGCCAUCGCAAGCAGCCAGUACGAGAGUGAGCAAAGUGACUGUAUGGGCUUCAGCGACGGCACUGGGUCAAGCCCCAAUGGACGCAUAACCAGCAACAGCGUGCAAGCAAACACUUUGCCAUCAGCAGCAGCCACAGCGAGCUUAGCAGGCGCCAAGUUGCAUGAUUUCAUAAGCGAGUUUGCGCCCGAGCUGGCCGAUGAGUCGGAAGCGCCACAAGCCAACGAGCUGCAAGCCACUUUGCCGGCGGGCGAUGUCACCGCCGCCUUGCUCGCCGAAGCGGAGGCCGAAGCCGAAACUGCUGCACCCUUCCGCGGCGCGCCACACACAACCAUACACCCGACCACGACAACGACGUCGCAACCCACAACCCAACUGCUGAGCGAGUCAAAUUUGAGCGAGAUGCAGGACGUGGAGAACACACUGAGUGGCAUACUCAACGAAAUGCAGGAUCAGCACAUCUACACGCCAGUGUCGUCUAGCGCGGAUGAUUUCUUCGCGCAAUCGGUGUACUCACCACUCUCCGAACCGCCCACCACGCCCACGCACAGCAUGUACGCCGAGAGUCCGCUUGGUGGCGUUGGCAGCGUGGGUAGCAGCAGCAUGGCCGGCGGUGGCGGCAGCUUAUCGGUGGCCUCGAGUCCCUACGUCCAGCACAUGCACAUGGAACCGGCGAGUGUGAGCAGCGGCCAAAUGUCAGAGCCGUCUCCUUUGCCUGCGCCCGGGUCUGUGGGUCCACCACCACCGGCGCAUCAUCAUCAGCAGCAGCAGCCACAGCAGGGCCAGGGACAGGGGCAGCGCGGCUAUGGCAAGCAGUACAGCAAUGGCCACGGCAACGGUAACAAAUAUGGUGAAUGCUUCACCGAGGAUAGCACGCAAUCGGAGUUGAUUGGCUUCCAAAAUGACAUACCCUGCUUUGAGAAUAUUGAGUUGGCGGCAGCAGCUGCUAAUAAUUCAUCAGCCAGUCCAGCCAGCAGCCACAAUGACGUGGAAUUACAGCCGACAGGCGUGGCCGCAGCGGUAGUGCCGACGGCGGUAAACAUUGAACAGCAGUCUAAUUGCGAGGUGGCUGCCGCGGAGUCGGCCCCUGUGCAGUAUUUGGAAAUCGCGCAGGGCAACGAGGUCAACACCAACGAGUCGGCUGUUGUUUUGGCAUGUGCAACAGAUACUGGCGUGCAGGUGCAUGCGCCAACGCCUAGUGUGCCUGUUGGGCACGCCGAUGGGGCAAGCGCAGCGAAAGAGUACGCGGUGGACAGCGAGACGCUGGAUCAGCUGCUUAACGACUUCGAAGCGACGGAGCAGGCCGAGCGGGAGCGCGAGGCGGCGGAGAAGGAGGCGGCCGAUGGACAGCAGCCCCAUUUGGUGCCAGAAGAGGUGGUACCAGUGCAACAACAACUAAUAACUCAAACGCAGCUGGCGCAGCAACAACCCGCCCAGGCUGAACUGCUGCUGCAACAGCAGCAACGAGAAGAAGAGCUGCUCAAGCAGCAACAACUGCUGCAACAACAACAGCAGCAACAAGAGCACCUACUACAGCAGCAAUUGCUCGAACAACAGCAGCAGGAGCAGCUGCUGCAUCAGCAGCAAUUGUUGGAACAACAACGUCAACAGCAACACUUGGAGCAGCAGCGCCUGCAACAGCAGCAACAACAACUGCUGGAGCAGCAGCGCAAACAGCAGCAACACCAGCAGCAGCGUCCACAAGUUAUACAUCACACCAUGCUGGCCACGCCUACCGCCAAGCAGCAGCAUCAGCAGCAUGGCUCAACCGGACAACAGAAGCAACACUACAUUGCCUUGCCGCCCAGCUGCGCCUAUGAGGCUGCGCAGAUGCAACUGGCGCAAGCCGCAAAUCCCAUACAGCCGAUGACCAAUGUGGGCGUAAACCUCUAUGCUCACGGCCUCGGCACCGGGCAAGAAAUCCAAUGGACAUCCGAUUUGGCGAACCUCUCGCCGGCCAUCAUCGAAGCACCUACGGCGGGUGGCGGCACCACCACCUACUACAUAAACGCCAGCGAUUUGUAUCAACCAAACUUGAUUGCAGCGACCGCAAUGCCACAACAGCAAUCGCAUGCACAUGCGCACCAUCACCCCCACCAACAGCAACAACUACAGCAGCAACAGCAGCAGCAGCACCACCAACACCAACGCCAUGCGCUCGAGUUGGAUAAACGUUCGGUGGUCGAUGCGAAUGAGAAUUACAUUGACGGCAUGACUGGUGAUGGGCCUGCUAUAACACAACAACGCCAAGCCUGCCAUCAGCAACAGCAGCAGCGACAGCAACAACACCAACAGCAGCAACAGCAACAGCAACAACAAAUAAUGAUUGUAAUACCACAAGAGUAUGGUUCACCAAGCGCUGGUGGCGCCACCGCGCAACUGUAUGCCACAGCGGCCGGCACAUCUGAUCAGCCAACCACGUAUCAGUUGUCACAGCCGCCGCAAGCAGUAAUCAUGCAACACGCGCAACCACAACUACAAGCGCCAGCACUGGCACCUUUGUCUGCAGUGCAGGUGAACGGCGUCAACUUAGCUCCACAAUUCAUCAAUCCACGUACAGCUGCGCCAGGUGCAGCGCAUCACACGUCCACGCCGCGUCACUUGCAACAUUAUCAGCUGCACAAUGCUACGCCACCGCCACGUUCCGCCUCGGCGUUGGCUGGCAAUCGACCACCGCGCUGCGCAUCCACACCAUCUGCAUCGAACUACCAACAUCGUCAGCAGCAGCUACAACAGCAUCACCACCAACAACAACAACAACGUCAGCAGCAACACCAACAACAACAGCAGCAGCAGCAGCAAGCCCUCCCAGCACAAGUACGCAUGUUUCAACAUACGCGUGCACGUCAACCGACAUCACUGCAGCAGCUACAAAUGAUUCAACCGCAUCCGUCGCCAGUGCAGCCGCAGCAAGCGGCCAUUGCUCGCGCCAACGCGACCACACAAAAAGUCAAUCUCGUCUGUCGCUUCUGUCACAAGCGUCCCAAAUUCACCAGCAAUCUCGACUACAGCAAUCACAUCAUAGCCAUGCACCCGGUGGAGACACCCUUCAAUUGUCCCCAUUGUCCGAUGAAUUUCAUGCGACGCGCCCAGCGCCAACAACACAUAGUCGAAGAACAUGGCGCACAUCGGUUCCAAUGCGCUCAGUGUGGCCAAAGUUUCUGUACGCAACGUGCGCUCGAUCAGCAUUUGCAACGCGCACAUGCAUUAGACCCGGCGCCAGCCGUAACAGCCUACGCUCAAUCGCGACCAUCGGCCACACAACCGGUGGCUGCUAACGCGCGACAAUUGCUACAACAACAGCAGCUGCAGGCAGCAGCACAACGGCGCAAAUGUUUCUUGCAACAGCGACCCACUUGGCUGGAAAGCCGCAAUCGCAAUACAGCAAUUUCUUCGGCGGCAGCGGCCGCUGCAGCAGCAGCAGCAGCAUCCAAUUCGCAAGCGGCAAUGGUGCGUGUAGAGGAUGUGCACUUGCAAGUGUGUGACGAUACAGCCAACAGAGGCAAGAAAUCGAUAGAUUUGCAACUGGACACCACGCAAUUGACGGCCGAGUCGACAACGAUGACAACAAAUCAGGCGGCGGCAGCGGCUACCGUGGCGGUGUGCGGCAGCAACACAUCAACACCAAGUUCAAGCGGCGGCAAACCGCAACGCAUACUUUGUUGCCCCGAUUGUGAUGAUCCUUUCAAUGCAGACCAUUCACAUGCGCAGCCAUGCGAUGCGCUGCAAACGCAACAACUGCAACAGCAACAACACCAUUUGCAACAGCAGCAGCAGCAGCAGCAGCAGCAGCAAGAAGAAUAUCUGCAACAACAGGAGCAGCAGCAGCAGCAGCAGCAGCAUGAGCAGUUUGACCAGCAAGAAGAAGAGGAAGAGGAAGAAGAAGAAACUGCCUACGAGCAGCAGCAGCAACAGCAACACGAAGAUCAAUUACUUGAGCCCGUAGCAAAGAAUGCGCCACAUGUCACACUCCCCUCGCCAGAACAAACCGAACCCGAUUCGACCUCCACCAACAAUACAGCAACACUGCGACAUUUCCGCAAACGGCGCGCCAGCGCCAAAUACGCCAGCAUGGCAGCCAUGGGUGGUGGGGUGAUGAGUGGCGGUGCCGGUGGUGGUAAUUCAAAUGCCUCCGAAGAUGAGUUGCUGCUGAUGGAGCGCGUCUUACGCAACAGUCACAAUUGCCUCUUCUGCGAUGCGCGUUUCACCAACGAUAUUGCGCUGCGCAAACAUCAUCAGCUGGCGCAUAGCAAUCAAGCUUCAAUGCCGUUUGUAUGCUCGAUCUGUAAGCGCGGUUUUCGCAUGCGCACCGCUCUGCAGCGACACAUGGAGACGCACGACAGCGAGGGCAGACCGUAUGAGUGUACGUUGUGUCAUGUACGCUUUCCGCGCCCAUCUCAACUCACGCUGCACAAAUUGACGGUGCAUUUUCUACGCAAGCCACACGCUUGCGAGGAAUGUGGCAAGCAAUUUGGCACGGAGGGUGCACUAAAGACGCAUUGCAAGUUUCAUGCAGCACACAUGAAGACACAUCUGCCACUGGGCGUUUUCAUGUCCGAGGAUGCAUUACAGCUGCAACAUCAUGAAGAAGACCAGCAGGACGAGCAGCACCACCAACUUCAACCAGAGGCAGAGGCAGAGGCAGAGGCGGAAUAUGAGGAGGAAGAGGUGGAGGAAGAGGCAGGCGCAGCCAUGGCUGGAGAAGAAGAACUACACCAGUCGCACGUAGCAGAAGCAGAAGCAGAAGCAGAAGAAGAGGAAACUGAACAACCGCACACAGAAGAACACGAUGAACAGCAAGAAUUGGAGCAGCUGCUUGAAGACGAUUCGCCACAAAAUUUAGAUUUAGAACCACAAACAGCCGAACCACAAGUCUAUGAUGAUGAAGAUGUCACAGCAAUGGCGUUGGCUAGUGUCGACGACGACGACGAUAAUGUAGCUGCGCAUCAGCAAGAGCAUGAAUUUGAAGAUGAAGAAGAAAAUGCAGAGGCGGAAGGGGAGCACGAGGAUGUUGAGGCGCACGAACACGACCAGGAGCACGAGCAAACACAGGACGACGAACAGGAGCAGCAAGAACAUGAGCUACAUCAGCAGCACCAACAGCAAGAACAGCAUGCUGACGAUUUAAUGUUCGCAGCCAGCUGUAGUCCUAGCACCACCACUGGCGCCAGUCCAUAUGCCUUUGCCGGUGAUAGCAAUCAUGUGAAUCACUCAGAUAUUAGCACAAUUACCAGCAGCAGUAGCAGCAACAACAUCGUCGUCAAUCAAAAUGCCACUGAGGUUAGUGGGAAUCGUUGCAGUAGUAGCGCCAAAUAGUCAAAGGCGAUAGCGUACAUUGUAGGCCAAAAGCCACCCACAAUUGUGCUCUACUACUGUGCGGAAACGUAACAGCAGAAGGGCACCCGGAGGGGAGGGGGCGGGGGAGGAGAAGAAGGUGGCGUUAGGUAGUUAGGUGCCGAGGCUGAACAUGCUCGGACUGUGUGAGGCGAACGCGAGGAGAGCGCAGUGUGUGUGUGUGCUUGGGAAAACUGAAAAUUGCGUAAUGGUCUGCCGCCACAAUGGACAGAAGUUCUAUGUAAAUAUACACAACGUUGGACGAUGACUUCUGAAAGAGAAUUUGCAACAAAUAUUCCAAAUUUUAACUGCAUACGUGCACAUGUACAUACAUGCAUACAUACAUAAAUGCAUACUAUACCAACUAUGGACAACAGAAUCAAUUUAUAUUCAUACUUGCAUGAAUUUCUAAUUUAAACAAGGCCUUUAUUAAACGCUUAUAUGACGUUGACCACCAAUUCCAUUACAGAAGCAAUUAGUGUUUAUUUUAAUAUGCAUAUU